UCGCAGAUGGCCAGCCCGACCUUCACGCACGUGUUUGCGCCGCUGGUGACGGUGGUGAACACCAAGUUCCCCGAGUUGGGCGAGCUGCUGCUGAAGAGGAUUAUAUUGCAGUUCAGGAUGGCCUUCCGGCGCAAUGACAAGCCGGUGCUGGUGGCGGCGUGUCGCUUCCUGGCCCACCUGGUCAAUCAACAGGUGGCCCACGAGAUAGUCGCGCUCGACCUGCCUCCCCUCCUUGCCCCUUACUAUAUUACCAACCGCCCUUUCCCUACCCACCUCCCGCUCACUGCAGCGGGUGCUGGUGGCGGCGUGUCGCUUCCUCGCCCAUCUCUGCAACCAGCAGGUGGCACACGAGAUAGUCGCGCUCGAGCUGCCUCCCUCCCUCGUGUCUCAGCACCUCCCACCCCACCCACCCCUCCCUCCCCCUUCCUGCUGCAGCCGGUGCUGGUGGCGGCGUGUCGCUUCCUCGCGCACGUCUGCAACCAGCAGCCGGUGCUGGUGGCGGCAUGUCGCUUCCUCGCGCACCUCUGCAACCAGCAGGUGGCUCACGAGAUCGUGGCGCUCGAGCUGCUCACACUGCUGCUGGAGACGCCCACUGACGACAGCGUGGAGGUGUAUCGUGCUGCCCGAGCUGCUCACCCGGCUCACCCUGCAAGCACACAUGUGCCCGUUGCCCACCAGGUGGCAGUGAGCCUUGUGAAGGGGUGUUGCACCAUGCUGCACGACCUCCGUCUCUCUCCCCCUCUCCCAUCUCUUCCACACCCGAUCACACACACGUCUACCCUUUCCACCCCCGACCACUUCCAACCACUCUUAACCACUCCCAACCAGGUGGCAGUGAGCUUCGUGAAGGAGUGUGGCGCCAUGCUGCAGGACCUCUCGCCCCAGGGCCUUCACAGCAUAUUCGAGCGCUUCCGCGGCAUUUUGCACGAGGGGGAGAUCGACAAGCGCGUGCAGUUCACCAUCGAGGGGCUCUUUGCCAUCCGCAAGGCCAAGUUCGAGGGGCUCUUCGCGAUUCGCAAGGCCAAGUUCGAGGUGCGUGUGAUGGGGACUUCCCCGCAGUGCUGCCCUGCCCAGGUGGGGGAGGGGGAUCAGAUCUUGCACGAGCUCUCAACAUCACACGCGCACCCUGCUGGCCUCAUGCUCACCAGUGCUGCCCGAGCUGGAUCUGGUGGAGGAGGAGGAUCAGAUCACGCACGAGCUGGCAACCUCUCACGCUCACCCUACUGGCCUCAUGCUCACCUCGUGAUCCCCCACCCACCAUGUUCUCCUCUUCCCCCCUGCCCCCUUUUUCAGGGCUUCCCAGCGCUCGAUCUGGUGGAGGAGGAGGAUGAGAUCACGCACGAGCUCGGCUUCCCAACAGUUCUUCCAGAGCUGGAUCUGGUGGAGGAGGAGGAUCAGAUCACACACGAGCUCUCACUGGAGGAGCCGUAUGACCCCGAGACUUCACUUGACGUGUUCAAGUUCGACCCGGACUAUCUGGCCAACGAGCAGCGCUACAAGGAGAUCAAAGCGGAGAUCCUGGGAGACGAGGAGGAGGAAGAGGACGACAAGGGCGAGAAGGGGGACGACGACGAGGAGGAGGAGGAUGAGGAGAGCAGUGAGGAGGAGGAGGACGAGGAGGAGCAGGCGAAGCAGCAGGAGAUUCGCGACGAGACGGAGACGAACCUGGUGAACCUGCGGCGCACCAUCUACCUGACCAUCAUGGCUUCCGUCAACUUUGAGGAGGCGGGCCACAAGCUGAUGAAAGUCAACCUGCAGCCGGGGCAGGAGAGUGAGGGAAUAUCGUCAGGCAGGCAGCAGAAGGGGGUGAACCUGCGGCGCACCAUCUACCUGACCAUCAUGGCGUCCGUCAACUUUGAGGAGGCGGGCCACAAGCUGAUGAAAGUCAACCUGCAGCCCGGGCAGGAGGUGAGAGGCUAUGGUGGGGGGGAGACGGGUUGGGGGGAGGACAGGGGCAUGCUCAACCGAGCCUACCAGGAGUGCUUCGAGCAGUGCUUUGUGAAGCAGUACAGCAUGAUUCAUCGCCUCGAGACCAACAAGCUGCGCAACGUUGCCAAGCUCUUUGCUCACUUCCUCGCCACUGACGCCAUGCCCUGGGCGCUGCUCUCUUAUAUUCGCCUCACCGAAGAGGACACCUCUUCCUCGUCGCGUAUCUUCAUCAAGAUCAUGUUCCAGGAGAUGUCAGAGCAGCUGGGGCUGCGCAAGAUGAUGAGAGGCUCAGCGACCAUUCAUGAGAUGUCGGAGCAGCUGGGGCUGCGCAAGAUGAACGAGAGGCUCAGCGACCCGACCAUGGGGGCGGCGUUCGACGGCAUUUUCCCCAAAGACACGCCCAAGAACACGCGCUUCGCUAUUAACUUCUUCACUUCUAUCGGUCUGGGAGGGCUGACAGACAACCUGAGGGAACACCUGAAGAAUAUGCCAAAGCUGAUCAUGCAGCAACAGAAGCCUGUUCAGGUGCAAGGCCUGCUGGACCAGAACCGGCUGCUGAUUCACGAGAUCAAGGCGAACCACGAGGCGAGGCUACCGGAUGGGCUCAUGCGCAACGUGACGCUUAUCAGAGAGCUCAACUCCAAUGUCACCAAGGUCGUAGACCUGUACGCUGACAUCUCCCGCACCUUCGUGCGCACCUUUGGCAGCUCUGCAGCUGCCCGCGCCUCUCCUGGCGCUGCUGGGGGGGAUGCUGCUGCUGCCGGGGCUGUGGGGGGCGACAGUGACGGCUAG